AUGAAGUCUAUCCUAGAUGGCCUUGCCGAUACCACCUUCCGCACCAUCACAACAGACCUCCUCUACGUGGGCUCCAAUGACAUUCAGUACGAAGACAUCAAAGGUGACAUGGCAUCCAAAUUAGGAUACUUCCCACAGAAAUUUCCCUUAACUUCCUUUCGGGGAGGUCCCUUCCAAGAAAAGAUGACUGCAGGAGACAAUGCCCAGCUAGUCCCGGCAGACCAGGCGAACAUCACCGAGUUUUACAACAAGUCCCUUUCAUCCUACAAGGAGAAUGAGGAGAACAUCCAGUGUGGGGAGAAUUUCAUGGACAUGGAGUGCUUCAUGAUUCUGAACCCCAGCCAGCAGCUGGCCAUCGCUGUCCUGUCCCUCACGCUGGGCACCUUCACGGUCCUGGAGAAUCUGCUGGUGCUGUGCGUCAUCCUCCACUCCCGCAGCCUCCGCUGCCGGCCCUCUUACCACUUCAUCGGCAGCCUGGCGGUGGCCGACCUCCUGGGGAGCGUCAUUUUUGUCUACAGCUUUGUUGACUUCCACGUGUUCCACCGCAAAGAUAGCCCCAAUGUGUUUCUCUUCAAACUGGGUGGGGUCACUGCCUCCUUCACAGCCUCCGUAGGCAGCCUAUUCCUCACUGCCAUUGACAGGUACAUAUCUAUUCACAGGCCCCUGGCUUAUAAGAGGAUCGUCACCAGGCCCAAGGCCGUGGUGGCAUUUUGCCUGAUGUGGACUAUAGCGAUCGUGAUUGCCGUGCUGCCUCUCCUGGGCUGGAACUGCAAGAAACUGCAGUCCGUUUGCUCAGACAUUUUCCCACUCAUUGACGAAACCUACCUGAUGUUCUGGGUCGGGGUCACCAGCGUGCUGCUGCUGUUUAUCGUGUAUGCAUACGUGUAUAUUCUCUGGAAGGCUCACAGCCACGCGGUCCGCAUGAUUCAGCGUGGCACCCAGAAGAGCAUCAUCAUCCACACGUCAGAGGACGGCAAGGUGCAGGUGACGCGGCCCGACCAAGCCCGCAUGGACAUCCGGCUGGCCAAGACCCUGGUUCUGAUCCUUGUGGUUUUAAUCAUCUGCUGGGGCCCUCUGCUUGCGAUUAUGGUGUAUGAUGUCUUUGGGAAGAUGAACAAGCUGAUUAAGACGGUAUUUGCGUUCUGCAGUAUGCUCUGCCUGCUGAAUUCCACCGUGAACCCCAUCAUCUACGCUCUGAGGAGCAAGGACCUGAGACAUGCUUUCCGGAGUAUGUUUCCCUCGUGUGAAGGCACCGCACAGCCUCUUGAUAACAGCAUGGGGGACUCAGACUGCCUGCACAAACACGCCAACAACGCAGCCAGCGUUCACAGGGCCGCAGAGAGCUGCAUCAAGAGCACGGUUAAGAUUGCCAAGGUGACCAUGUCUGUGUCCACAGACACGUCUGCCGAGGCUCUGUGA